GGCGCUCCCCCACAAGAGUCAGUCCUAGUGGAAUCGUCUGAGGGUGAAGACGCGAUUUCAGCGCGUGCUAUUUUCGCAUUGCAUUUAUUAUUAUUCAAUUCAUUUCUUAUUUUUCAUUUGUUCUUCCACGUCCUACGAGGAGUCACAAUAAAUCCCGCCGAGUGCGUGGAGAAUCCGGUGCAGUGCAUUGUGUAGUUUUUUCCUCCCUGGGAAAAGUCUCUCAUUUUCCGGAGACGGCGAAGGGCGCAUUUUGAGAGCUUGUGUGGCACGAGCAGAAGGAUUAUCUCUGGACAAAGAUCUUCAGCAUCACCUCACAGUGUGACGAAAACCACCCCCACAUUUUUGAAAAAAUUACUCACAGCGAGUAAAUUGAAGGCGGCGAUCAAGGAAGGAUAAAAAUAAACCAAUUCUUAUACUGUGAACAACUGAAAAAAGUAUUAAACGUGCUAUUAAGAAUUAGGAGAAUUAAUCACGAUAUUAACAUAAUAUAAAUUUGAAAAGAAAAAGAAAAAAAGAAAAAUACAUAGAAGAAGCUAAAGAAAAAAAAAUCGUAUUGCGAAAAGUCGUUGUGAAAAGUGAAAAAAAGUAAUCUUGUUGUUUUCCAAUUUUAUAUACAAAAAAACACAUAAAAAGAAGUGAAACGAGAAGGACAAAAAACGCAUAACAAUAAAUUUACCAAAAUAUUACGUGAGUGUAUUGUAAGUGUGUAACAACAAAUUAUACACUGAACGAGUGAGAUUUUUCAUUUGGGGCAAAACUCUCUGUGCAGAAAUCUUGUUCUCCUCUGUGUUAAUUGGGCACCAGUUUUUUGUCUGGUGAUUUGAACGCGAGCGCGGCGAGGAAAUCAAGGAGUUUUUUGGUGGCACGUGACGCGACGAAAGGGUUGCUAAAGCAUCGAAGGGCACCGCGAGGGUGAAACAUGACAAAUACGAUGGAAACUGCAGUGGCACAGAAUGGCACAACACAGACAGCUGCCAACAAUGGCAAUCCCGGCGAGGGCCUCAGUCAGGAGGAGUCGCGGACGAACCUCAUCGUCAACUAUCUGCCGCAGACGAUGACCCAGGAGGAGAUGCGAUCGCUGUUCGCCAGCAUUGGCGAGCUGGAGAGUUGUAAAUUGAUCCGCGACAAGGUCACAGUCUUUCCCGCAUCUGGCAAUCCGGCUUUGCAGCAAGGACAAAGUUUGGGCUAUGGAUUUGUCAACUAUCAGAAGCCCGAGGAUGCCGAAAAGGCCAUCAAUACACUGAAUGGAUUGCGACUUCAGAAUAAAAUCAUUAAGGUGUCCUUUGCACGCCCCAGUUCUGAAUCGAUAAAGGGGGCGAAUUUGUAUGUUUCUGGAUUACCAAAAAGCAUGACACAGCCCGAAUUAGAGGCACUCUUUUCACCCUAUGGACGAAUUAUAACAUCGCGAAUCCUGUGUGACAAUAUCACAGGUGAGAUUCUCACGUUAAAUGUGCAACAAUUCGUGGCUGGAGAGCUACCAAAUGCUUCGGGCACAUCCAAAGGCGUUGGUUUCAUUCGCUUCGAUCAGCGACACGAGGCGGAGCGCGCCAUUCAGGAGCUGAACGGAAAGGUGCCGAAAGGAUGCACCGAGGCGAUCACGGUGAAGUUUGCCAACAAUCCCAGCAACAAUGCUAAAGCACUCCCACCAUUGGCGGCAUACUUGACACCGCAGGCCACGAGGCGCUUCGCCGGCGCUCUGCCAGCCGGGAGAUUUAGCAUUGGGAAAAGUCCAUUGCUUGCUAUAAACAAGGGUUUGCAGAGAUACUCGCCGCUAGCCGGAGACUUGCUGGCCAACACCAUUCUUCCUGGCAACGCCAUGACGGGCUCCGGCUGGUGCAUCUUCGUGUACAAUCUGGCGCCGGAGACGGAGGAGAAUGUACUGUGGCAGCUCUUCGGGCCCUUCGGUGCCGUCCAGAGUGUCAAAGUGAUCCGCGACCUGCAGACAAACAAGUGCAAGGGCUUCGGAUUCGUCACGAUGACCAACUACGAUGAGGCCGUCGUGGCCAUCCAGUCCCUCAACGGCUACACGCUCGGCAACCGCGUCCUGCAGGUCAGUUUCAAGACAAACAAAACCAAGACCGCCUAAACUGUGGUUCUGGUAAGUGACACGAUGCAGAAUUGAAUGGAUUUUACAAAAGCUAUAUAUAUGAAAUAUACUAGAAUCAUUUUAAUUACUAUGACUUACACAGUGUGCGACAAGGGAGAUGAAUAGAGAGAAACACUGACACACACACUCACACUUUCCAAAAAAAAACUGAAGAUAAUAUAGAGAAGAAAGAAAAACUCGUGAAAAACAAGAGAGAAAAAUGUGGACGAAGCUGAAAAAAAAUUAUAAAGUAAAACGAAUGAAACGAAGAGAUUUGUGAAGAAAAAAGUGACGCUAUAAUCCCAAUAUUGCAAUAUUUUGAUACAUUUUUGAAUGGAAGAUGAAAAGGAAAAAGACAAAUAUUAAUAUUUAUAUAUUUAAAUGAGACAUAAAUUAUUAUAUACAUAUAUAACCUAAUCAAUUUUAUUGCACCCUUGGUCAUUUUUGUAUAAUGAUGAUAUAUAUAUAUAUAUAUAUAUAUAUAUAUAUUGGUGGUAGAAAAAAAUUGUGAAGAAGUGAAGGCAUUCCAUUCCUUUUGCUGAUCCUGCGAAAGGAGAAUGAAAGAGAGAGAGAGAGAGAAGAUCGCGCAUGAUUUAUUGCAUUAUUUCCAUUCCUUGCUAUGGAUUUAUUUCCGAAGAUAAUUAAAAAGAAAAAGUCGUCUUGACGAAGCAACUCUUUCAACCACCGUGUAAAACUUAGUCGUAUAAUUCUUUAGCGGUCAUUUCUUUCCACAUACGCGCGAGCUGAGAUAGUUAAGAAGAAAAAAUAGCCCACGAAGCAGAGAAAUUCACACACAAUUAUAGGCAAAAAAAGAAAAACAAGAAAGUGAAGAGGAGAAAGAAAUGCGGAAAGAGCAUGAGAAAAGUGAGGGUGUAAGCAAUUUUAGAUGUAAGUGUUGAAAGUUCUGUAAAUUGAACAAAAACCCAAGUUGUUUAUUGUAAAAUGAUGACCACAAUGUUGAAGGGGAAGUUUUUUCUUUUGUAAAAUGAUACAAAAGACACGCGCGCGCGAGAGAAAAGAAAACUUUCACAAUGAAACGAAAGAAAAAAGACACUUUGUAAUUCUUUGACACUAUUUUUUUUUCUAUAAAACGAAAAUGAGAAAGAUUUAAUGGAUAAAAAGGAGUGCGAAAUGAUCAUUUUUUUCAUAUUGUAACUUUUUCUUGCAUGUAAGCGCAUUUCAACUUCACGAAUUGAUAUUGUGAGAAAUCUCAACGAAGAAAUACAUAGAAGAUGAAAAAACAUAGCGAAACACGUUCGUCUGUCGUGAUGAGCGUGAAUUUCUGUUGCAGAGUGUUAUUUUGAUACAAUAUUGAAGUCCUCUUUUGAGGACUUUGCAACCAAUGAUUGUAAAUUUACCUUUUAAUUCAGAGAUUAAUGUCCGCGCACAAUUUAUUUGAUGGUAAAAAGGAAAGAAAAAGGAUGUGUUGUUAAACAAAGUGAAGCUUGAUGUGAAUUUUUUUGAUUUUUACACACACACACACACAAAAUCAACAAAAACAAUCCCUCUUCUGACGAAGACGAGAGAAAAUCCCACGUCGUUCUUGUGCGCAUCCUUUUGCGCCGCAAUAUGUGUGCGUGUGUCCUUGAAGAUCACGCGAAGGCGGCGCGGCAAAAGGUCGGUAGAACGGCAAAUAGUGCCAGAUUAUUGAGAAAAUGAGAGAGAGAGAAAAAGAAGGAAAACUCAUGCGAAGAUGACACGAAUGAAGACAAAAAUUACUCUAAAAAUUGAUAUUUAAUAAACAAAUUUCAAACAUAGAAAUCUCUAUUCUGUAAUUCUUCACUCAAACUUUAUAUUUAUUAUUCAUAUAUUAGAUGAAAAGAGGAAGAAAAUUUAUGUCUUAAGAAAUGAAUGAUCAAGUAUAGUCAAAUCGUAUUAUUUAAUAUUUUAUCCAAAAGAAAAAAAAAACGAGAGAGAGAAAAGAAAGCGAAAUGCUGGAGAAGUAAAAAAAAGAUGAUGAAUAAUAAAUGAAAAGAAAUUUAUAACAUAAAAAAAUAUAGUAAAAUUGUUCUUUUAUGUCUAAAAAAA